CAUUCUUUGCUUCUUCACAUCUAACAUUUUCUCACUCUCACAAAGCAAAACACAGAGUAAAGUAACUAUGAAGCUAAUGAACAACCAGAGUUUGAAGAGAAACCAGUUUAUGAAAUGGGGAAAGCAGAUAGGAAGCUCAACUACGGCUUCGGCAACGCUAGUAAACUCAGAGGACAGAACUACGGUAGUGGCGUUUGCGUUCUCAUGUUGUGGGAAGCCUCCUCGUGUUCUCCUGAAGCAGUUUGUUUGGAGGUUAAAAUCGCGUUUGAGGUUGUCGAGGAAGAGUGAUCAUAAUAACAAUAUUCAGUAUAGCUAUGAUCUCCGGAGCUAUCAUCUGAACUUCGACGACGGUUGGUCUAGUCGAUGGUGAUUCCAAACAAACAAAAUUUAUUAACAUAUAAGGAGCCUUUGUUUUUCAUAUUUGUGUAUAUACUUAGAAUGUUGAUCUGGAAACUAUGUUUUGAUUAUAUAUUUGUGUUUUCUUGCGUGAAAAAUUGCAAGGUCUGCUAAUUUUUCAUCAAUAUGCUUUGUAAUUUGUAUAGUUGUUGAUCCAAAUGCAUUUUCUAUUUGAUCCAAGUACAUGUCAAAUAUGGAAAACAGAGCGAUAAAUAUGCUAACACUUCGAAGAUUAGAGGAAGUUAAUAGUACAUAACCAUUGAUCUCCCCUGACCACGCAAUAUACCAACAACACUAUCAUACUACUAUCAAAUCAUAUAUGCAAAAUCUGAUGCCAAAUACUACUAAUAUAUGUUAUACUCUGCUUCUCAUACUAAAAGCUGAGAAAUUUCAAUGUAACAGAGAGCUAGAGGUUAUACUUGGUAUCACAAUUAGUGCUUUGAAAUGUGUAAAAACUGGUAAUAUGAUCAUCUUAAUUUUGUGAUUUCAAAAGAAAAAAAAUUGUGAUUUCCUACCAGUGUAUUUAAUGUUAUUUACAGUUGGUAUUUGACAUCUUGGUGUCGUUUUUUUAUUUGGUACUUCAGAUUUUCUAGAAUUGAAUUGUGGCAGUAUAAUAAAUUUUACUUUUAAAAUAUUUCAAGUUUAUUGGAGAUGGUAAUCUUGAGAGCAAAGUGGAAAUCAUCACUGUCAUUUGAUUAUUUAUGAAGUAAUCAAAACAGUUACCUAACAAAUGUCUCCACUAUGUUAUCACUCAAACCCAACUCCUAAGUUAGAAAGAGAAUCAGAGAUGUCAGAAUAAUCGUUUGAGUUUUGUUUUUCAAUUUAUAAUUCACAUACUUGCAUCGAAUUUGAGUUAUAAUCCUAUACCAACACUAGUACAAACCACUAAUCAUCUCAACUUUUAUUUGCAAAAUUCGAAACGAAACUAUUAUUAUUUCCAAAUAGUUCGAAACAUGAAUGAUCGUUUCCAAUCUUAUCUUAAAUUCAUGAUCGUUCGGACACGAAUACCAGUUAAGUUAUAGAUAAGCUAGACAGAGAAGAUGCAUCUUUUUCAAAUAAUUCUAGCAUCGAAACAGAAGUGUUUAAUGAUAACGUGAAGACGAACACCAUCAAUGUUUUAAGCAGGUUAAGCCAUUCAAAGAAAUCACAACAUGUUAUAAGAAUCCAAAUCCGACAAAACCACAAUAGAAACUAGUAAAAGAAAA